AUGUCUUCUAUGCAGCAGCACAAUAUGGCGGCGAAGAUUCUGGCUGCGGGUUUCUUAGCGUCCAUCGCUGUGGUGGUCAGCGCAAAUCAGGCUGCGGGCGUGACGUCCUCCUUCCCUUUCAGCAACUGCUCGUCUGCUGCAUCAGCUUACAGUCUGGCGCCAUCAGCGAAAAUAUAUGGCACCAACAACACGUUCUGCUUCACACUGGCCGCGAAGCAGGGCACUUCGGGGUACUGCGAUACCAAGGCGGAUGUCUACAAAAUCGAGAUCAACGUCAAGCCCACUUGCGACUUGGGCUCCGUCACCGUACAGUCAACCCUCAACGGCAAGCCCACUGCUGUCAGCCCGGCGUUCAGCUAUCCCCCGGGCGGCCCAGCAGUCAGUGUCGUCCUGCGCCUCACCCAGCUAGGUCUGGGUCUCAACAGUACGGGCUCCCAGAUUUGCAUAACGCUGUCUGGUGGUCGCGGCUGCACCACCCUGGAGCAGCUGUGCCAGCCGCCUCCGGAGCUCACUGCUGGUGCCCCCUUAACAGGGCCGCCUUCACCGCCUCCUUCCGUCAACCCAGUGUCAGGAUGCAAGGUGUGCGCCUACAUGACAUUAUACCAGGACACAGCUGUGGACCCCAACUUCCGCCCGAUGACGAUGGCGGAGUGCUAUGCUUUCGGCUAUAUGGUCAUCAACGACGUCUCGCUUCAGGCGGACUUCUACAGUGCAAUCUUACUGGAUGGGGGGUCCACAGUCGCAUGUACUGACAACCAAGCCAAGGCGUGUGUAACCUUUGCAUCUAACAGUGACGGGGAGGCGCUGCGUGAUUCUAUCGAGGCCAUGGCGGAGUAUUGGCUGUCGUACGCUACGUCCAACUACCUGUGUGUGCCCCGGCGGGCUGUGACAGUUGUCGUCGAUGUUGGUGGCGAUAUCGACCCGGUAACUGGAAUGCCGUCUGACAGUUGCCUUGCAGCACACUCUGCCAAUCUAUGUGGCUAG